AUGAAUCUUUCGCGAGCGUGUCAUCGUGCGAUGGUUUUAGUAGCGUUGAUUGAAGUCCUUUUGGUGUUAGUUCCUGAUCUCGCGUCAAGUGCGUCGUCGAAGUCGAAGAAGACAGCUAAAAAAAGCAAAAGUAAUGAGGUCAGUCUUCUAUAGUUUUGUUGAAAUGGGAGGAAAUUUACUCGGUUGAAGUGCACUGGUAACUUUAUAUUAGUAACGCUAUAUAGACUAAUUUAAUUGAUAACUUUUGGCAAAGAGUAAUCGAUGAAACGGAAAAAAUUCAUGCUGAAUUAAGGUCUCGCAAAACCGCAUGUAAGACAAGUAUGUGUGUCGUACAUGUAAUACGUUGCUAAGUAAAUUGAAAGUACACCGAACAAUUUAUAACAGGAACACUUAUGCUCAAUAUAAACACAAAGUUAAUUGAUGACUUGAGUAGGAGUACCUUACAAAUCGCGGAAAAUUCAUAAUGCAACGUCAUGUCAGUGAAAAGCCAGCGAUAUAUACAGUUCUGUUGAAUUGAUAUACUAACUUUCUUUGUGAAAAUACAUCGCAAGAUCUGACUCACUUGUAAACACUACAUUUUAAUUGAUGCGUCGAGUAUUAAUGCUUAUCAGUCUUCUUCACUUUGCCCCGGCUCCUAUAGUUAAAUUUUCGAAUUGGUAAUGCCUUAUACUAUCUUAAAAUAUACUGCCGCACAAUGUACCACAGUUACAACAUAUAGACUUCUUUUUCGUCUUACAUUAUGAAAAUUGUUGUACAUUCACAUUGUGAGUAAUUCACAAAAUCAGAGAACGCAGUUGUCUCGCCAUAUCUUAUAUACACAUCAUAAUACAUGUAAUAUCUUGCUAUCUUAGACUAAAUUUCAAUAGCUCAUAACAGUAACACUCAUCUUUAAUAUAAAUUCAAGUCAAUUCAUGACUAAGAUAAGAUUAAAUCAAUGAGACGACUUGCCUAAGUAUAGUGACAUGGACUGAGUAUAUCGAAGCCGUUGUGCUGAAAUUUAAGAUUCUAUUCAAUUCUAUAGUCAUAGAAACAAUGACUACGAGGCCAAGACGUCUGAGACGCACGAAAUGCAUAAAAGAUGGUUAAAAUCUGUAAUUGUUAUGAAAGUAUUUUAUAGAUUAGGGAAACUCCUGACUAUCAAAGUAAUACAUCAAUGAUCAAUCUAUAUCGGAAAUGGGUCUUGCCAAAUUAUACAACAUAAUGUUAGACACGCCAACAUGUGGCUUUACAAAAUAAAACAUUUACACCGAAGAAUAACAGCUUAUAAACUGAAAAUUCAUGUCAAAACAAGACAAAACAAAUAAACAGUUCGGCCUUUCUCAUUAGAUACAUAUAGACGUGAAUACUGAUAUGCCACCAAAACUUGCUGUCAGUAGUAUGGAUUCUUAUAGACGCUUAAUAACUUGGUGUACUGUGCGCAAAUUGAAAAAAUUAUCACGCGUCUGUAAAGAAUAUUAUUCCACAUGCAUUAAACGGAGAUCGAAAAUUCAAGUUAAUAGCGAAGAUACGGUAAUCAAAUUGAAAUCAAUCUCAAUCACUGUUGAUCACAAGCAUGGCGAGCUAUAGCGCCCACCGGGCACACGACGUUGUUUCAACGUUGAAAUUUGGUAGAAAAAAGGUUGCGACGUCGACAACCUAAUAUCUACGUUGCUCUGACGUUGUUUUACAAACAUUGGUUCAACAGCUGCCAACAGACGUUGAAUUCAUGGUUAAAUGUACGACGUCGAUUUGUGAACCAAUCUCAACGUUGUUUUAACGUGGAUUCAACGUUGAAUUAUGGUUGACGAGAUUGGCAACCUAAUUUCGACGUUGUUUCAACGUCGAAACAGUAACGUCGAUCCAAUUUGCAUAGUCAACCCUUUUUCAACGUCUAUGCAACGUCUGGAAGGUCAUUUCCAACGUUGAUUCAACGUUGGAUAAACGUCAUUUUGCCCGUUGGGCGGCUGCUAUAAUUAUGGUUUCCUAUAUAUACAUACGUAUAAAAUUACUAAAACGGUCAGCCUGGAUAGAGUGAUAAAAUAUCAGAGUAUGUGCCAAUUUAGAAUAUGCAGUUCGUCGCUAAACAAAGGUCUUCGGAUGGCACGUAUAAUCUACAAACUAAUAGAGGAAAUAAUUCUAUAAGUAUUACAUUACAGUCUGUGAGUUUGUCUUAAAUUACAGUGUGCGCGAUUUAUAGAUUUACACUCAUAUGGCAUGAAAAGUGCUAUCAUGAUUUUUAUAACUGAAUAUAUACUGUACAUAUCCAUUGAGUUCAACCGCUUUAGUUUCAAUCAAACAAAUUUUUGAGUUUGACAUUAGUUUGUCAACACAAUUGGUAAAAAUUGGCAAUCUCCUGUUUACUGAACCAAUUUUGUGCCAAUUUCCUCGGCUAUUGAAACCGACAUCAGUUUAGAGAGCUACAAAGCCCGAGGGAGAAGGCGACAGUAGCGGAAAUUGAGUGCAUUGCCGAAUUAAGUCCUCAGUAUACAAAUAAAUUAUUGUACAAGUUGUACGUUUGCAAACUUGUGAGCAUGUAUGAAUGAAUAAAGAAAUGUCUACAGGUUUGAAAUUAAAGAAGUAUUUCUCCCCAAAAUUGUAAGGAAAAACCACCAUCUUGACUGAUAUUUUACUGUUUAAUUAAAACUUGGUUUUAAAACGCAAGCCCAUUUUAUUGUACCACUCAAUUAGAGUUGAAAGCAAAACAGGUCUCGCUAACGUUUCCAAUAUAUACAUGUAUCUAUUCAUCAUUUUAUGCUAGUUUUGUUAAAAGGAUCAACGUUGUUAAUUAAAUCACAGUUUGUAGACGGGUUAUAAUAAAUUUGAUACUAAUGAAAGUCCAAGUUUGCGUAAGUCAUUAGCAUAAUUCCCGUCUAAUUUCCUCAACGAAAUUUGUCUGGCCUGAGCAGAAGGGUCACCUCCGAGACUCUAUAUAUGUUUAUCUCUAUAAAACAUAAUCGUUUGAGAAUAGGAACAGAUUUAUUAGGCGUUUAUUUCCUACCUACAAACCUUCAAAAAUAAUUUCGGCGUGUUAGCUAUAUUAAGUAAAAGUAUAUUUAAUCUAAGAUUUGGCGAUAGCAUGCUCUUGCAAAAUAGUUUAUUUUGGGGUUUUUGCCGAUAGGUUAUAGUUAUAUGCCUUAUAAUUAAGAGGCCAAUUUUUCAAUGUAGCGCAUUUGCAAUGAAGUGUUCAAAACCUAAAAUCUUUUUGGCGUUCCUCUUAAAAUCACUUUGGUUUAGCCGGUUUUAUUUUGUAGUUUACAGAGUUAGCAACCUUUUGAAAUGUAUCUGGCCGUCGAGAAACACAAAAUAAUAGUUCAAUAUUGUCAAUUUAAAUAUAGUUAUCAUGAUAAUAUUUAUACAGCCAUGCAUAUAAGCAAAACUUACUGAACUUCAGACAUCAUUUUCUCUUUGGCGUACCAUCUAAAAUCUCUUCAUUUUAGCAUUAUUUUACAGAUUUUAAAGAAAUUUAAACGAAAAGCAUUCGAAUUUACUGUUUUGAGAGCUGAGAUGCUUGGUUUGCAAGCGGUUCAAAAAAGUAACGGCGUUUAGAAACCCGUGCUCAAAUUGUUACGGCAAAAGUUACGUUUUCAAACAAUUUACUCUGACGUAAUGUGUACGCGAUGGCGUUUUCAAAGCGCUCUGACAUCGUGUGAACGUAGUAUAGAUAUGCUACAGUACAUCAUUACGUAAAUAUCUCGGCCUCACACCAAAAAGCGACGCACACAAAAAUAUAUCUAACUUACAAUUCAUUUUUUCAUGUCACGUCUGAGGGUCAUGUCGGCAUACAGGACUAUACAAAUCAUCGCCAUGGACGCCCUACCGUUUCAUCAUUUUCGUUUUGUGUAAACAUUUUAAAUUUCCGGACAGUCCGCACAAAAACAAACAGUUCACUCAACAAACUCAAAAUCAUAAAGAGAAUUAAGCAUUCAAAUGUUUAAUCCGGUAGAGACCAUUGGCAUUGACCACAAUUUUUUUACUGACGUUGUAUAUAUUAUAGGCCCGCCUCAUUGAAAUGAUUGAAUUGAACUAUAAAUUGCUGUGAGCUGUCUGAUGUAGAAAACGCCACCCGGAAUUCGUUUGUCCAUUUUGCUUGUUUUUUGUUUAUGUUUCACGUGUUCUUUACAUAUCAAACUGUUUGUUCAGUGUUUAAUUGGUUGGAAUGCUUCGUAAUAAUUUAUAAAACAAACUUAUCACCAACGUAGCGUUAUUUAUAGCGAAACUGCAUGCCUUAUCAUUAAAAAGAUAAUCCAAAUUUAUAAGCUCGAAACUGUCUUAGUGACAAUAACACUAGAAAGCUGUAAAUUGUGCGUGAUUCAACCAACUAAAAAAUACAAUUAAAACAUCGGGCGAAAGUCAUUCGUCGAAGCUUUUUGAUACAGCUUUUCAAGCAAAAAAACAAACUUUAUUCAAAAGAGUUACCAAUACUCAAAAAACACGAUAUCGUUCCAUAUACCACUUCAAAUUAUGUCAAGUUAUGAAGGUGCUCUUAUUUUCAUUCUCAAAUUUACCAAGUUUCCGAAACGCAAAAAGGUUGUUAAAAAUCUGUUCAAAUGAAAGCUGUCGACAAGUUGUGUUCGCACUGCUUGUUCCCAGUUGUUGUAACAAGUUCGGAACAAGCUGUUAAAAAUUUGUAUGACAAGCUUGAUGGCAUUAUCAGACGUGUUACAAGGUUGUUCUAUACAAUACAGUUAUAACAUAACAAUUAAGAAUGUUACAAGGUUGACGACACAAGGUUAUAGCAAUAUUGUUAUAUCAUGACUGUAUCGGACUUGUUGGAACAACCGGCUUGCAACAAAUCUGAUAACAUCAACAAGGUUGUUAUACAACUGUUAACAAGUUGUUCCAUACUUGCUGACAAGCAGUGCAAAUACAGUUUGUUGCAUGACGGCUUGUUGGCAGACUUGCUACAAGAUCAGAUUUUUGUGUGUUUAAUAGUUAAACCUAUAUAGUUACAAACGAGAACGUUUUCAUAUGACAAGUUUUACGUUUAUUUAGAAAUUGUACGUGACUAUACUUGUGUAUACAUGCAUGCAACAAAUUUUCUAUGGUUUUCUGGUCGCCACGCCAAUGACUACUUUCCAGUCAUGCAAUUAUACAUGUACUUCUAAACAAGCAUGACAAAAAUUUCCCGGAAUUCGAAACUUGUAUUCGUCUUCCUGAAAUCCUGCUGCGAAUCCGAUAUUUCACGUUACCAAAAAAUCAACGACUAUAAUCAACCGCGAAAAAUGACCAAAUUUAGCAGGAUUCAAAAACAUUUUUUCCGAGAACUAAAAUGAGAGUCAGACAACUAUAGCAUAUGAUCCGUCGACAGGAAACAUCCGCAAGCUUCACAUCAGAUUGCCGAGGGGGAACUGCAUUAAAAAUUGUGUUUGUGCCAAUUUGUGCAUGUAAUCUUCAUUAACACAUGCAUGUGACAAAACGUAAGAUUUUUAACGGGGUUUUUUUGCUUCGUUACACGCGAGCACCAAGAUGCCAAAUGCCACCAAAAUUAUGGUUAAACACUUUUACGGGUGGCGUCCCUGUUGACAAAAACGUCACUUGUUUAAUUAAGGGACGGACCAUUAGAAAAGUGAUGGGGAGGGGGGGACUUUUUCAAUUUGAACGAAUAUUUUUUCAAAAUUUUUUGCUUGUGUCGAUAAUUUUUUAAAUAUAAUCCCUUGCUCGAAUUUGUUUUUAUUUCAACUUAUAAUUUUCCCUAUUGAAAAGUCUCUGCACGAAUUUUUUUUCAAACUUUUUUGGUGCAUGAAUUUUUUUCUUUCUGUUUCCCCUGCUCGAUUUUUAUUUUUGCUCCCCAAUCACUUUUCUAAUGGUCCGCCCCUAAGCUCACUAUCAUGUCAAACAGAAUGACAUAACAUUAGGUUGAAAAGUAAAAUAUUAGCAUUGCCUGCAUUGGUGAAAUAAAUGUUUGGCUUUUCUGAAUUUUCGGCGCGUUAUUGUCUAUAGGACAAGACACAUACAUGAUUUUUUCUGUGUUGGUAUAAUGUACUCAGGUGAAUAUGAUGCUUGUGAUGUUACUCUGAGUGUAUAUCCACACCGGGCAAGCUUGAAAAAUAUACCUGACCACGGUGGGAAUCGAACCUACGACCUUUGGAAUACUAGCCCAAUGCUCUGCCAACUGAGCUACGCGGUCAGGUCGGUUCGAGUAUGUGAUAUUUCGGAACAGAAUCUAGUUCCUUCGAUAUCAAUGUAAUCUAAUAAUCAUGAUUUUUCUCAGUUGCCGGCAUAUGCAACAUUACACCAACACAGAAAAAAUCAUGAUUAUUAGAUUACAUUGAUAUCGAAGGAACUAGAUUCUGUUCCGAAAUAUCACAUACUCGAACCGACCUAACCGCGUAGCUCAGUUGGCAGGCAGAGCAUUGGGCUAGCAUUCCAAAGGUCGUAGGUUCGAUUCCCACCGUGGACAGGCAUCACGUCUGGUACUAACAAGGUCUACUACCAUAAACUUGUAACGUGAUUUUGUUGUUUGGCGCAGCGAAGCCAAGAAAAUGUUUUGUGUACGUACUCUCUCUCUCUUCUUCUAUGCUUUUCAUAAACAGUACUAAUCGAAUAUUAUACUUUCAAUUUAUUUGAUCGGUCAAAAUGUCCCGAUGCAGAAUAAAAUUAUAAUCGGCCACUUGGUGUUUUUGUUCGGCAAAUAGCCUAUUGCGGACCGUUAUAAUCCAUAAUCCAUACCUGUUCCAUAAACAACCGCUUGGAACAAACCCUAUCGCCCGUAUUCUAAAAGCUCACACUUAAUGAGUGGAAGUUCAAUCUAAGCUUCUCUCGAGUGUCAUUGCUGUUUUUGAAUAGCUGGAGGGUUGGUGUCGUAUCUUACUAUGCGAGCCGGCUACUUACUAUGUGACUAACUCAGGUUAGCACUAUAUUCCCUCCAGCAAACCGCCCUAUCGAUUUUCUAAAGUCGUUUCUUUUUAGAUUUUUUUAUUAAUUCGGUUAAGGUUACAGGACACCCUUUUCGGCGUUUUGCGGAAAAUCGCUACUGCGCGCUCAAUAUCAGUCCGAUUGUCAUCAAAUUUUCACCAAAUGUUCUCCAGUGCAUGAAAAAUAUGGUAAAAUUGUAAAAUUAACAAACAAUAAAAUAAUGUAAGAAUUAUUCAGGAAAAUCUUAAAUCGCGGUGCCGUUACGCUUUUGAGUUGUGCUCCUGCUGGUUUUAAGUUAUAUUUAUGAAAAUAUCAUUUUUAUACAGUAAAAUAGUUGUUCUAAAAAAUUGUGUUCGGAAACUUUUGUUUAUUUCGUCAUUCCGCUGAUAUGGCGAUUUCUUUGACGACUGCAAUAUAUUUCUGAAUCGUUUGAGUGAAUUGCUCUUUAUUUUUAAAAUAUCCAAAAUUAAAAAAAAGCCGAACACAAUUUUGAAGCUGACGUAUUUAGCUAUGUCCUGUGAAAAUUUGAGAGAAAUUGGUUAAAACCCGCAGGAGCACAACUCGUUUGAAAAUCAGUAAUUACCGUAAAAUUCUUCGGGAGAAAACUGAAUUUGAAUAUUACAUUUUCAAUGUUUUUCUUAUUGCAACGAAAUGUAUUUUAUUAAAUAACUCUGCGAGUUUUCAACAUUUUUCGUUCAAACUUGGUCAGAUAGUAGAACUAGUCUAAUGCUUUCAUUGAAACCAAUAAAAAUUUUUUUGGCAAAUUAACACUCAAAGGUGUUCUGUAAUCUUUAGGUUAGAGUUAGGGUUGCGGUUGGGGUUAGAGUAGGGGUAGGAACUGGGUUAGUUACAUAGCCAUUUAACACCUCUUCCAUCUUCCGAAAAUGACGUCAGGUCAGUUUGCUGGAUGGAAAAUAGUGCUAACCGACUACUCCAGCUAUUCAAAAACAGCAUUGACACUCAAGAGAAGCUCAGAUUGAGUGUGAGUGAGCUUUUAGAAUACUGGCGUAUAACUCUAAGUCAUAUGUUUUUAGGAAUGUAAGUUGAAAAAAGACAAAACGACACAGAAGUGGGGAUAUGAAUGUCAUCCCAAGAAGAAAGUACGUUCUUAGUUUUAAUUUGUUUUUUUGAGGUUUUUUUGCCACACCGGGCAAGCUGAAAAGUUUGCUUGACACUAAUAUCGAAGGAGCUAUAGACUGUGUUCCUUCGAUCAGUUACCCACUCGAACCGACUUGACCUCGUAGCAUAGUCGGUAGAGCAAUGGACGGUUGCAGGUUCGAUUCCAACUGCGGUCAAGCAGGGCCGCCGAGAGGUUGGCGGGGGCCCGGGGCAAUUUUUUUUGGGGGGCCCCCUAUCUAAAAAUUUUUUCCGGAAAAAAUUUUUUUCAGGAUGACAACCCCCCCCCCGUCGCCAAAAAAAUUUCGGUCAGUGUACCAUUUUAGGGGUAAAAAUUUUUCCGGACGAGUACGUUGCAAUUGCUUUCCAGGGACUUUAUCUCAUUUUUCAUGCCAAAUUUUGGUACUUAUCCGAAGAAAACAGAUAUCUUGUCCUUCGCGCUGAAAUAUUUAACACACAAAAAACACUGGGGCCCAACAAAAAUUUUUCAGGGGCCCCCAGCACCUCGGGGCCCGGGGCAAUUUGCCCCUAUAGCCCCUCCCCCUCUCUGCGGCCCUGCGGUCAAGCAAACUUUUCAGCUUGCCCGGUGUGGACAUAUCAAUGAUCAGUGAGACGCACUCAGACAUCAAAAAUAUAACAAAAUAAGUGUGCUUUAGAAAAACUUUGAAAUUUACCUGGUUAACCUAUAGAAAUAACCCUAUUUGGUUCGAAGGGAAAUGGCAAUAUAUUUUUUUUAUUUUCUCGUUUGAAAGAACAUUUAAAACCAUAUAUAAAACUCUGUUAGCGUUUUUUCCAUAAAAAUAUUAGACCUAGAAUGCGUGCUUGGUCACGUGACCGGUGUCCAAAUUGAAAACAAAAAUGCCCUUAUAAAUCCGCCAUGUUGAAUUUGAGCAGGAGUGCAAACUACAAAGUAUAAAACAAAGCUAAAACUAUAAGUUUUCGUCGUCAAAACGUUUUGUCUUCUGUCUAAUUUGUAUAGUUUGGGGAUAUAUUUUGAAAUAUUAAGCUCUUUAAAGGCUCAAAGCAAAUGUGCAGUUACUGACAAAAACGGUGAAAAUUGUGCAGCCUUGUAAAAACAAAGUAGUUUCGCGUAAAUAUAUUAAUAUACUCUUCAAAAACUCAUUAAUAAUUCAUGAGGAAAACACAAAGAGAAAUCAUAAGCGUGGCGUGUCUUUAUAUGUGAUAAAACACGCUUCAAAUUUCAACUUGUAUUUUCACAGCUAAUACAAAGUUAUUUUGGAAAAUUAUUUCGCCAAUGCCGUGAUCUAACUGAGACGUUUUUGAAGCUGUUUAAUAAACUCGUAGUUCGUGUUUUAUCACAUAUAAAACACUCCGCUACGCGUCGUGUUUUAUAUGUGAUAAAACACUCCUACUCGUUUAUUAAACUGUACAUAAAACAUUUUUGCCUGCUCUGAUUCUUCGUCGGGUUUCGUUUUUAUUCAAUCUAUAAACGAAGUGUUUUCAUGUUUUUGAAACAAAAAAAUAUUUAGUUGUCGAUACACUGUAUAAAAUCUCCUAAAUAAUCAUUGAAAACUAUGGAUUCAAAAGCGUUGCCUCAAGCUCAAGCAACGUAAAAAAAUAUAAAAAAGUAGCAGUUGUGUAAGUUAAAAAGAUUGCUAAACUCCAUUUAUAUUAUAAAACAGCCGAAAUAUUUUUAGAACAUACCUUAGUAUUGAGUUUGAGUUUGUCUUGAUUUUUCGUGUUUUGUCAUGGGAAGCCCAAACAAGCGGGUUUUAUUAAAUAAAAACCGUAAUUAAAACGCUUGAGUAUAAUUGUGCAAUUAGCAAUAAAAUUGCUGUUAGAAUCAAUAUCCUGCUAUAUAGUACGAUAUAUUAUCUCUGAUAUCAAAGCUAAGCAAGCGGUGUAGAUAUCAUUUAGAACUCAUUUGAUUAACGCAUUUUCACUAUUUGUCUUUCAACAUGACUAGAGGUCGUGCUGCGGUGUUUUUGACGCAGCGCGCGGCUCUAGUGCGUGCCAGCAUAUUCCCGCCUGUCAAGCGCGCAAAUUAUGCAACUUUUCCUGUUGGCCUAUCGACAUGUUUGUGGUGUGUUCAUUGAGUUUGACUAAUGGUCGCGGGUCGCGUGUCGCGGGUAAAAAGUCGCGUGUCGCGGGUAGAAUGUCGCGUGUCGCGGGUAAAAAGUCGCGUGUCGCGGGUAAAAAGUCGCGUGUCGCGGGUAGAAUGUCGCGGGUCGCGGGUAAAAUGUCGCGGGUAAAAAGUCGCGGGUCGCAAAAGCUCCAAACCGUGUAUUUUAUUGAGUCGCGGGUUGAAUAAAGUGUGUAAAAAUCACGUUAUCAUUUAGUAAACAACCAUAUAGGAUUGCUUCAAUACGAAAUAUUGCCCAAGAGCCUUUUGUCAUGAUUUAAUGGUUGUAUAUAAACGUGCCAGAAGCCUAAAACUUGGAAGAAUAAUUUCAAUAUGUUAAACCAACAAUUAUACCAUGACAAAAAUCCUCUAAUCAAAAAAUAUGUUCUGAAAGAAACAAACAAGACUUCGGUAGAAAUAAAUUCAGUUUACCACUACUAUUACAAUCAGUUUUAUACUAGGCCUAAUUUAAAAAGAAACAUAUAGUAUCACAAAUAAUAGAUAUAUCCAUGCUAGGACAUUAUAAAAGUACAUUAUGAUUCACCAACAACCCGGAUAUUUAAGUCGCUGUUCUGUAGCACUUGUUUCUGGAAAGUACUGAUCGAUGCGCAGAGGCUUGACGACAACGCGCACUGAGCCACUAAAUAGCGGAUUUUUACGCCUGAUAUGGUAAGAAAUUGGAUUGUAAUAUGUAUUACUAAAAUCAAGACUAUAAACAUAGGAAUGUGUAACAGGAUCCUUUUGCACUAUCGUCUAUCAACGUGCUUUACAAUAAUGUCAUAUGGUUCUUGUCUAGUUUAUCUAGAAACUCGCAAUUGCAGCCAUAAGAUCUUCGAACAACUAUUGAUAAAAAACCAUUAAAUAACUAAAUGUUAAUGUGAUUUUUACACACUUUAUUCAACCCGCGACUCAAUAAAAUACACGGUUUAGAGCUUUUUUACGACCCGCGACUUUUUACCCGCGACAUUUUACCCGCGACCCGCGACUUUUUACCCGCGACCCGCGACUUUUUACCCGCGACACGCGACUUUUUACUCGCGACACGCGACUUUUUACCCGCGACACGCGACUUUUUACCCGCGACACGCGACCCGCGACCAUUAGUCAAACUCGUGUUCAUUACAUUGAUUUCCGAAAGCAUUUUCAAUUAUUUCCUAUAUUACUUCAAAUUUUAAGGUGGCGAAAGUUACAUCCUUAAUUGUGUCCUAAUAAUUUUUUCGCCCAAAUAGUUGAUCAAAUAUUUAUAUUACGGCAAUGCGCCAAAAAAUCUGUGGACGACAUUUUGUGGUUUUUACUUAAUAGUUAUUUGUUUGAUUGUAGUUUUUAUAUAAUGGCUACAACCGUUUGCAAUCAAUUCUCACCUGUGAGCUGUUCAAACCUAUAAACUUCCUACUGUGAAACGAUGUGGCUUACUGAGCAUAUUUUAGCCCUGACUUCUUAUUGCGUGGCAUGCCGACAAUGCCGUGUCUGUGGAAAUAACGUAUAUUGUAAAAUUAAUAAUUCAUGAAGAAACUUCACAAAAGAAAUCAGUGUUUAAUUAAUGAGAUAUUGAACUGGCCGUGCCAGCUCUUAUCGGGCCUCUAGGUCUGACGAACAAGUCAAAAUUCUGGAUUUUGCAUAGCCAUAUAAGGAAAAAACGUGACCUCGGCCUCAUAGACGGAUCAACCUUCACGAGAACCAAGCCCUGCUAAUGGUAAUAAUGAACACUUCAUUAAACUUUAAUUUCUCUUGAACUUUGUUCAUGAGUUAAUGAGCUUUAUCCUACAAUCGCAUGUAGAAAAUUCUCCAAAUUUGCAUAAUUUUUCCCCUCGACUUUCUCGGAAACAUUGUUUCAAAACACGACUGUUUAAAUCCUUGCGUUUCGCCAGCUAUACAUACAGCAUUCGCAUCCGUAUUGUAUCAGAUAUAUACAACAGCUCUCUGCACCUUUGGCUCCGAUCAAAUGAUGGCACUCACAAAUUGUUACGCCGGGGGACAUUUCAAGCUCUAUCAGGGUUCGUACGUAGCGGUCUUUGAAAUCCUUGAAAUCCUUGAAAGUCUUUAAAUUUGAAUGCAGGUCGAAAAAGCGAAGAAAGUCAUUUAAAAAAGUCUUUAAAUUAUUUAGUGAGUGUUUGAUUAUACGAUUUCCUAGCUGAUAAAAUAGAUUGAUUGAAGAGCAAGGUUUUCGCAAAUAUUGAAAAAAGGCGUAUUUUAGGAUGUGAUUUGACGGGACUAAUUAAUGGGUAUAAAAUUGGUGCUUACACUCGCAAUUUUUCGACAGCUGAUUGCUCUCAAAGGUCUUUGAAAAUAGGCAGAAAAAUCUGUGAAAGUCUUUAAUUUUUUGGUCUUGGAGACUACGAACCCUGUCUAUAUAGUAAUAAAAUAAAUGUUAUAGAUGAGUGUUCCAACAAUUUUUAGAACCACUGCGUAUUUUAACAAAAUACAAAACAAGUGUACGUAACUCCAAAGAUCGAUAACAUUUUUAUAUUUAUCAACGUUCCGACUAUAUUUCAGUCAUCAUCAGAAUAUCCUGAUGAUGAAUAAAAUAUAGUCGAAACAUUGAUAAAUAUAAAAAUGUUAUCGACCUUUGAAGUUACACUUGUUUUGUAUUUUGUUCCAACAAUGUUUUAACUUAUAAAUAGAAUACAUGCAUGAUAGAUCGUGAACAGCUAACCAUGGUCGCGAGAUUGAUAACGCUCAUGCAUCCUCGUUUGAUCAAUUGAAAUAUUUGUUUUGCACUUCACAUGGUCGAACUAGAAUGCUUGGUUAAUUUGGCACAUAAUCCACUAAGUGAGCAUAUGUAUACACAAUUUAAGACCUAACCAGUAACGGUUGCGUAAAAUGCAACACUAUAGGUCCUCUGGCAGGAAUGGAACCUGCAAGCCCGAAUAUCUUAUACAGCUCGACAACUGGCUACGUUAGUUUACUUGAUAAUAACUUCUCCUAAUCUUUAUCAAGCCAGGAAAAAAAACUGGCACUCAUUAAAUUUUCAUUAUCCAUUAAACGCUUCGACGUGAUAGCAGUUCGCUGUUAAUGAGUCGUUCUUAAUCUUAAGAGUGUUCACUAUGGGCUCAAUUUAUGGUAAUAAUUGUCUAAUCAAAUGCUUAGCAGUUAAAUCUCGUUAACUUAUACAGGUGAUCCUUCAAAAUUAAACCAUAUACAUGCAAAGUUCGAUUGUCGCUGCGAACUCUUGACUCUUAUCCGAAACGAGUCAGUCAACGCUCUACCGCAAGCCGUGGUUCCGUGAUCAGACAUGAGUCAUAAGGUUGCUGCUAGAGGCUAAAUAGAGGCGUCGUUAUAGAAAGUCCUCGACUCAAUCAGGUUGAGUUGUCCUUCGUAAUUCAGCUUCACUUUCAGCUGCAAGUAAGGAUGAAACGGAAGCUAUACGCGGCUAUAGUUGAAACCAAUCAGCAUUUUCAUUAUUGACAGCAAGCUUUUUAAAGUGCCUAUGACACGAAAUUUCACCCCAAAGGUUUAUGGUUGCAUUGUAAAGAUCACUUAAAAUGACUUAAUAUUUUCUUUAAUAAAAUUUUGGUAACUUGCUCCCUUUUCAAGAUAUUCAACUUUGUUUCAUAUGCAAAUAUCACCGGUGUGACAUCACAUCGCAUAAUGAGUUUUCAGAAAAGUAUAGUUUUCUUGACGAAUACGUAUCUAAAAAACUUCAAAAUUGCCCUUGAAUAUGUAUUAAUUUCAUAACUGGUAAUUAACCCUCGGUAUUUGUUUGUAAAAAUAUUUUAUCCAGGUAUAAUAUUGCGUUUUCAAAAUGUCAUUAUGCGAUGUGAUGUCACACCGGUGAUAUUUGCAUAUGAAACAAAGUUGAAUAGCUUGAAAAGGAAGCAAGUUAUCAAAAUUCUAUAAAAGAAAUUAUUAAGUUAUUUUAAGUUAUCUUUACAAUGCAAUCAUAAACAUUUGGGGUGAAAUUUCGUGUCAUAGGCACUUUAAGAAUGAGACAAUUCAUGAAUGCAAUGUAGAUCAUUGCAGUUUAUUACAUGUACUAUUUACAAUGUUGUACCGAAAAUACAAUUAUACAAACUCGAGCCUCGCGAAUGGCUUGUGAAUUGUCUUGAUGAGAACAUUCGUAUAUUCUUCAACAAUUUAAAAUAAAUUAAUGAUAUUUGGUAAGAAAACUGAACUUAAAGUUUAUGCAAAUCAGCAUGAUUUUGUAUCAGAUAUACAAACUCCUUCACGCUCAUGAUUUCUUUUGUGUUUUCAGCAUGAAUUAUUAAUGAGUUUCACAAUAUAUUUUAUAUAGACCGAAAAUGGUGUGAAAAACUACUUUUGCCGCUUUUGUAAACUGGAGCAAAAGUAACAAUAGGCAUGUUAGUUGCCCACAUCGGUGCGGUGAAUUUUGCAAUUUUGACCCAAUGGCCUCGUUUUCAUGUAGUUAUUUCCUCAUGUUUUGUACGCAGCACGUUUGAGGAUAGAUGUGUGAUUGGGUUCAAGAUCAGCUAGGGAGAAACAUAUUCGUACAUGAGGACAUAUAAACCUUCACGUGCGCCUGUUGUUACAGCAUAUAUAAAAGAAGGGUUUGUACAAAACUUGAAAGUCCUUGAAUGAUCUUGAAUUUGAAAACAAAAAUUCAAGGCCUCGAAUGUCCUUGAAUUUGUUAAGAAGUACUUAAUAUAAAGUUCUGAAAUUUUUCUUGCUUUAGUUUUUGGAUAUUUAAUUCUGAAAUAGUUUGACAAUCAAAACGAUCAUUUUGUUGAAAUGAUUUUGCAUGUUCAUAUCUGACAAAGCUGCAUGUUUGAAACUCAUUAAAGUUGCGUUUUGAACAAUUCAUCAUGUCUAACCCCUUUUCUUCAGUAUUUAGUAUGAUACACGGCCUUGAAUGUCCUUGAAUUUGACUCUUCCUCACAUGUAUACGAACCCUGUAAAAGGCCAUUCGGCAUUGGGGCAAAUGUGCAAUAAACAGCAUAGCCUAUUGGGCAUAGCCGGCAACUAUAGUGGUAAAAAUGAUCUACAUUGGUAUAAGGCACUUACUGCCUUAUAAACUCGUUCUUGCCCUAAUUUUAACCCUGAUACUAAUAGCAACCCUAUAUCGUUAGCCUAAUAUUGUUUUUCUAAAAUUGUGCCUCAAAGCCAUUGUGACGUCAUUUCGGGAGCUUUGUAUAAAAUGCCAAGCAUGUGAUUUAUUUCAUUUCAUUUCCCGUGAUGUAAACAACAAAACGUCGAAACGCUGAUAAGACUAUGUGAAUUAGCUAAUUUGUAUUUGGCAUUUUGCUAUAUAGAGCGCGGUGGUUCUCAAUGAGUAAGGCGUGUCGCGAAUUACAUCAUAUUUAUCAAAAGACCCUCAUCGCAGUCUUUCAAUUCGCGUUGGUCCGCAUCAAACUCAGCAUGGCUGCGCAAUGCGACUGCAUUCAAUCUAGAAUCAAUUAAAUUAAAAUUACCAGCUCGAUUCAUGCAUUUGAACAUCAAUUUUAACACCGAGUGCCGCGGCGUGUGAUGCUAAGUAGGUCGAAAUUCCCGUGUGCGCAAAAAUAGUCGAGGUAGAAUGCUGUUUAACGAGAAAACAAAAGUGGAGUAUUUUUGCCACACUUAAAUAUCUGAUGAUAGUUUUAACAUCCCGAUCUUGCAGUGCGAAUAUUUGCGCAAGUUGCGCGAUUGCUAAAUUUAGGUCUGUUUGAAUAUCAGUAACGCGACGUUAAUUGUCAAACGCAAAAUCUGAGAAUAAAGUAUAGGUCGUUUGCAACUUGCCUCAAUCGCUGGCUGCAAACCAAAGCCUGUCGAAACAUUUAGUGUAAUGCAUGUUGACCUGAUGGUUCGAUUCCAACUGCGAGAACUCAAUGCAUGUUCGUCCCCAGAACCUGGAGACUCACGGGUAAACUGUUUGAGUUUGGGCAGCUCUUUGAGUAACUUGGGUGGCAAACGACUUAUUAAACACGCCGACAGUUCUAUUGAGUAGUACGUAUAGAUGUACUGAUGACAUACGGUUUAGUUUUGUAUUCCCACGCCGUUACAUUACGAUAAAAUCAUUCAAUACCAGCGAUCCUUAUCUCAAUAGGCUGGAUGAUUGAAUUAGCUGAUAUCUCAAAAGAUAAGAUACAGUUCCGUAUGGCAAUGCACGGACGAUUUUAACAGUAGAAUAGCAUUAGAAACAACUAGAGAUGCCACCGUGCGCGCAAAGUCGUCAAACGGUCUAUUGGUGCUAUUGGUGUCCUCGUGCACUGAAAAAAACGUUCCAGAAAAGCACAACCGUUGACGUCAGACCUUAAAACAUCGGUCAGAGGAACGUCUGGCAAAAUGUUCGAUGAUUUUGAGUUUGGGUCGGACAUGCAUAUGUAUUUAACAGUUAUUCUACGAACUCGAGUCGAAUAUGAGCUGAUAGCCGACGAGAGUGAGUCGAAUAACUGUUUUAUUAUAUACACAAGGUCUGAAUUCACAGACUUUGCUUUUCGGAUAUUUUCAAUACUUUUCUUUUUUGUUUAUGUUUUUAUCUUCGCUCUUUCGGCCAAUUAUUUUUUCAAAAAUAUAUAUUUUUAACCAUUUUAAGUUUUAAAAAUUUAUUUGCUAACCUGAAAACAAUUUGUUUUUAAUCCUGUAAAGGUUAUAAAAAGCGACAACUUGCCGUUUUCUGGUUUGCAAAACAUCGUAAAUUCAGUUUGGCCGCCAUUUUGUUUUUCUCUACUAGACUACUAGCAGGAUAUGAGCUAACAUCCUGCUAGUAGAGAACCAAUCAGAUUGCAGAAUACCUCAUAUCCAGACCUUGUGUAUAUAAUAAAUUGUGAUGUUCAGUUUGAAGUUCAGUUUGGCUUGGAAAUAUACGUAUGAAUGCAGACACAAAUUAAUAUCAGCUCAAUUUGGAAGUCUUUUGAAUCUUGGCAAUGGUUUCCGAACCCGACAGUGAAAACUCCGCACUUGAUUACACAUUUCUAGUUCACUUUUCAUACAUUACUCUGAUUCUCCAGUUAACAUACGAGCCUCUGGUCCUCGACUAUAGGGUACAUUUUCAUUUACGUUGGACAAUGUUACAGUUAGGUCGGAAAGUGAUUGUUCGAAUGUGUACGGGACGGUGUCGUCAGAUACUAUCCAUAGUUGUGCCGAUGAUUUUCGAUGAGGUACAGCUCUCCAAUCAGAGGUAAUGAGGUACGCUUUUGUCUUCUAAAUUUCCCUCAUCAAGCAUGCAGGUGAAAAUUAGAAGACAAAGAAAUCCUUUGUUUUCAACUAAAUUUACCGAGUAAAUUUAGAAGACAAAGCGUAUGCAUGGGUAAUGAGGUAAAUUAGUGAUUAAUCGUACCUCGCGAGACAAAGGAUUUCGAGGCAACUAUGAUAUUAAUAUCAGUAAUUAAUAUCUUUUGGAAAAGUCAUUUGAAUCUGGGCAAUAAAUUUCCGAACCCAAUUAAUUAACGGUGAAAACUUGAUUGCACAUUUCCAGUUCAGUUUUUAUACAUUACUCUGAUUUUCCAUUUAACAUACGAGCCUCUAGGUCGGACAACAAUUCACUCGGGUCGGACAAACAAUAAACCUGCACGAAUAGCCGAAAAAUGCAAGUUAAACCACAUCCUACAACUUUGUUUAAUGCACAUAAAAUACGGGAUUGCAUAUUAAUGACGCGGACAUUUUAUACAGGGUGUCCUGAAAAAAUGCAACAGCUGUAGAGCGAUUUCAAAAAAAGGUUGCCACUCUUUUUUUCUCGUGAAAUUAAUUAAGAUUGAACAUAUGAUGCCCACUUAUAAUUAGUUGUGUACAAAUCUAUAGAACAUAGCUAUUGCAUUUUUUGGGGACACCCUAGACGAUUAUUGAAAAUGCGGCACGGUAUAUAUAGGGGUCAAAAAAUGAGUUUAGCCAUAAUUUGCGAAUUUGUAUUUUCGUCAAAAUUCAACCGGCAUAAUUGACAGAAUUACAAGUGUCGAAAGAUAAAAAGGUCUAUUUACUUAUUAGAAAUAACUAGAGAAACCACCGUGGGUGCAAAGCUGUGAACGUGCUAAGCCUGUUACGCACGCGUGAGAAUUGAGCCUCAUUGGGGCUGUGCAUCAGCUAGGGGAAAUGAUGAAUUAAUUAUGCAUGGGAUUAGCAAUGACGAGAAAUAGAUCACUUUCAUAAUAAUUGAAAGAUCUUGUAGAUGGAAAUUAUCGUUUGCCGCUUGAGAAACAUAUCAAAAAUUUAAAAAAUUGAAUAUAGUCAUGCAGUCAUAUAUAGUCAUUAGUUUUGAGCGCGUGUUACGUAACAUACAAAAGGUUCUCCACUUUUAAUGAGUUCGACAUUUUAAAUUCAAUAACGACCAAUAACUAAUUAACAAUGAUUGGAUGAGGUUUUUGUGAUAUUCGGAAUUAUCACGGUCGAGGUAAGCAACGGUUACCGAGACCUUGAUAAUUUUGCAUAUCACAAAAACCGAAUUCAAUAAUUGUUUUACUAUACAUUUGUUUGUGUUAAAUAGAUACCGCUUGCUAAUCAUCGCAGGCUCAUUUGCAGAUAACUCAGUUAUCUGCUAGCAGAUAAAUGCAUUUUCUGUAGGUUGCGUGAUUGCACGAUUUGACUGUAAGCUCUUAGCCAAUCAAAUUGCUUUUACCAACUACAAUUAAUGUAGAAUAAUAUGUAUUUCUUCCAUCUGGCAGUGUCCAUGUUCUCGAGGACGACGAGGUCAAAAAGGGGCACGAGGUAGACAUGGUCCAGCUGGACCACCAGGACCUCCUGGACAGGCAGUACGUAUAUAUACUUUACUAGAUAAGAUGUACACUCCAAAAACACUCUGGAUCUGGGGUCAUUUGUUCAAAGCUGCAUGGGUUAGCUUAACAAUAGGUUAACCUAAAAUUCAAAGCAAACUUCCUGACAGCUUGUCUAUAAAUUUGGAAAUAUUUCUUCAGAGAUCUUGUCUGGAUCGAUAAGAGUUUACUUCCCUGAAGUUUUGAAAUAAACAGGCGUGCAGAAAUAUACAAACUAAUUAAAACAGCAGGUUAAAUUUUAACCUAUAGGAUUUAACCUUUGAACAACCGGCCCCAGAGUGUUAAUUAGAAUGUGUGAGAAAUGCGAGAACAGAAAAGCUGAAGUGCGUUAGGCAUGGGCGAGUCUAUGGCUGGAGUGCUUGUGGAUAGCGGAAUACUGCAAAUUUCACCCCCCCCCCCGGCAAAGGGGUAUCCAUCAUGGAAAUCCCCCAGAAAAUAACCAGCACUGAGCAAUGUUAACAGCAAACGUGGUUGUAAAGCAGCGAUAAAUUCCCGUUGAAAAAAUAUAGUCUCCCAGCGAAGGUAUAUGUGGAUGACACUUGACUGAUUGAUAGUUAUAGAUACUCAUUCAUGUUCGCCACUUAAAAACGCGGGGAAUUGGUGGCGUUAUGGAGCCAUAAGGCAUGUAACAUUUCGAAACAUGAACUGGUGUCUAUGCAACAUACCUUUAAGGCCGUAGCUAUCCGUUUAGCCCCUUGAUAUAUAAAUUUCAUUGAUUGCCACAAUGCAGUAUUGGAUGUGGAGCAGAGGCGUAACUUUGUGGUGAAGCCCCCUCCCCCUCUCCGACUUUAACUGAAAUAAAACCCCUUGUCCUACCCACUUAAUGUGGCGACGGAAGGGGGGAGAAUACGUCAAGAAGAUGCAAAAUUUGCUGGAAUAUAUAAUUUUAUACAUACACUUAGCAGCUAAUCCAUAAACUGGAAUACAUACAUUUUCCCCUGUUCAGGGGCCCUCUAAUUGAUUUGGACACCUGGCUUGAGCCAGGCGGCGCCCAAAGAAAUUACGCCACUGAGGUGGAGCAAACAUAUAACGGUGAACAUGAACACUUGUCCACUGGGACAUGGCAUUUUGUCCUGUGUGUAAAUGUUCACUUAACAUUUAAGCCACAAAGUUAGUAUUAAUGUUUGCCAAUUAUUAAUCGUUAGGGAACAGAUGGACGCGAUGGACGGCCAGGAAUUCGAGGACUCCCAGGAACGGUAAGAAAGUCUAACUUAUCACUUUCAAAAAUUCGAAAUAGACCCAUUGCACUGACGUCACAAAUCCGUAGAGUGUCCUCCAGAUGCUCCCUAAAGCCUGGUUCACAUAUACCUGCGGUAUGUCGGAGGGCUAUUGUCGUUAGCAGUUCAACCAAAUAAUUCACAAAAGAAUGUAUGCAUCAACAGCUAUAAACAAUGAUAGCGCAGGCAUAACGCAAGCAUAUGUGAACCAGGCUUUUCAAUACCUGUUCGGGCACAACAACCACAUACAGCGCAAAAAUUAACCAUUUUAAUACAAAAUUAUUAUAGACUUUUACAAAAUUUGCAUUGUUUACAAAAGUUAUAUCAUGCAUAGAUUGCUAAUUUGUCCUCCAGAUGCAUCAUCACCGGCUCUGUGACGUCAUGUGCAAUGGGUCUAUAGGAAGAUUGCCAGGGGACGUCCCUACUUUAACCCAUUAAAGCUUCUUCCUCUGACGAUUUCACAUUCACUCGUAAUUCAGAUUUAUUACUCUAUAAUUUACCCAUUCUUAAUAAUUAUAUGGUGCAAUUGUAUGGGGUAAUACUUACAAAUCUAUAACGUUUUACCACAGAAUAGGAAGUUAUACCAGAAGCGUAACUCGAGCAAACAUUUGUCCGCGUUUUUACAAGCGAUUCGUCAUCAACACGUCAUCAAUCACGCCAUCCUGGCUAGUACAACCGGCACUUUGUACCUACCAAAUCCUGAUAAAAACUUCCGGCUGUACUAGCCAGGAUGGCGUGGCCUGACGUGAGCGAGUUAAAAAUUUUCGUGGACGUCAAACAAUAAGGGAAACGACUAGAGUUACGCUUCUGGUAUAACUUCCUAUUCUGUGGUUUUACCAUGGAAAAAGUUAUUUCGCUGACCUCAAAAUGACAUUUCGUCAAAAAAAUUUUCUUGAACAUUGAUUUAGAAACAAACUUGGAGUAUGGUUAGGUUAGGGUUAGAGUUGGUGUUUGGAAUAGGGCUAUAUACUGUUAGUAAAACCGUUGCUUUGUUACGUUUUGUCACUCUGAGGCCAGCGAAAUAACCUCUUCAUUUUACCGUUGACUUUAUUACAAAAAAAGGCAAUACGUAUUAUAACUUUCUCACCACCUAGAACUCACUCUUCUUCUCUUUUUAAAGAAUUAAACUUACUAAAAUUCCCUGAUAUAGUUCAUUAUUUGACAGUCUUAUUUAUGUAUCAAUUCCAUCAUGGUACUCUUCCGCUUAUUUUUUCUGAUUUUUUCAAAGAAGUGGUGAAUGUUCAUAACUAUAAUACUAUAGGCUAUCAUCUGAAUUAUCGUAUGCUCUACCUAAGAUUGGAACUAAAUUGCUAGAUAAACAUGUGUUCAAAAAGCGACUUAAAUUAUUUUUGAUUGCUUCAUAUUAAAAUGAUAAUUUUACGGCGACUUUAAGAAUAUUUUUUCCUCUACCUUACUCAUUAUGCGUGUACUUAACUUAUAGACGUUGUUGUUUAGCAAAUCACCUAUCUAGAUUAGCCCUUUAUGGUUAUUAUAGGUGAUUUUGCACAUUAUUUCACAGGAAACUUUUCCUAUUUAUUAUUAUUAUUAUGCUCUCACUGAAAUUCAAACACCAUUUUCUCUUUGAGUUUGGCGUACCAUCGUAAAUCUCUUCAUUUUAGCAUUGUUUUACAGAUAAAGCACUAAACAUGCAUUCUAAGUUUGUUUGCCUCUUGAGAAAUGCAUAAGAAAUUUAAAAAAUUGAAUGCAGUCAUAAGCAAGUGGAAUAUAUACUAUAGUUAAAAUACAAAAAAAUCUCUUAAUAUUUCACAAAAUGUAUCAUAAAAAAUAUAUUCCUUGCGAAUUCAUUCUAUUUAUUUUAAUCUUUUAUAUCUUCACAGACUGGUACAAUUGGUAGAACCGGAAUAAAAGGCAGUACCGGACCUACAGGUCCGUCAGGACCAGCUGGACUUGCUGUAAGUCAUGUUGAUUUAACUAUACGUUACACUUGAUAACUUAGUACAUAAAACUACACUUUACUAACAUGCAUGGAAUAGCUCUAUCAUAAAUUUUGUUAAGCCUGUUCUCCCUAGAAGUCACGAGAUACCGGGGCGGAGCUAUAGCCUCAUCUGCAAGGAGGGGUGCAGGUUUUCCAUGGGGUGGUGCAUGAGGGAGCCUUUCUGCCCACUCUCCUUUGCAGUCUGCAACGCUACUAUCCUAACAUUACCGCCACUUGAGAUGGCCGAAUCUGCAUGUUUGCCGUUCUGUUACGUUGUAAAUUAUAUUUUAUUUAUAAAGUUUAUAUGGGCUUUUAAUAUCAUGUAUGCGUGACUGGGCAGUUGUUGUAACACAGCACAGUAAAUUUGCUUGUUAGAGCACGGUAUAGGCUAUAAAUUGAAAAUAUGACAACAUAAGUCAUAACUAAUAUAACAACUUGACAUCAGUUUACAUAUUUUACCUGAUACUGACUGACUAUAAAGCAUUCUGAGUAUUUUCUCAUGAGCUCAAAUUUACACAAAUCAAUUAAAUCGUUUCAAGGAAUCGACACGCGCUAAGUAGACGUUCCGCCGAUCGUAACUCGAAAACUAGCAUAAAAAAAUAUGGUCAAUUAAAGCAGAUUCUCUUAGGAUGGUACUGGACAGUUCCGCCAAUUACAUGCAGAUAAUAUUCAAAGUUUCUUGCUAAGUAAAAAGCGGUAUUGUUCGGUAAAUGCCUUGAACUGUUGUUGAAAUUGUGCAUGCAGUAUUCCAUGAUUCAAGUGUUUUUCUGUGCCAAUAGUUGCGUUUGUCAAUUUACAAUUAUUUUCCCGCUAUUAAAAUCCAUUUUACGGUUGUUUGUCCAAGCGCGUGGUUAGCGAUAUUCGAACCACUUUUCAGUACAGAUUUCUCCUGUGUUCCUUUCGCCCAGUAUUGAUUGCUCUGCCAGUCUGAUCAAACUGCACAUGCAGUUAAUCUUGUAGACAACGUUAGAAGGCUGGCAGUAAAACUGGGCAACUAGCUACGCCUCAUGCAUGUAAACAACAUUAAAAAUACAUCUUUAUUUCUAGGGACGAGAUGGCCAACCGGGCCCGCCAGGUCCACCCGGAACAUCUGGGACAUGCAGCCAACUAAGCACAACCACGGCACCAUCAAACAUCAUCAGAACAUCAUGCCUACCAGGUGCCCCAGGACCCAGGGGAGAACCGGGCAUAACCGGACAGACUGGUCCAACAGGCCCAACCGGACCACCGGGUGACCGAGGGAGCGAUGGAAAGGCUGGCGCCAAAGGUACAAAAGGCGAUAAAGGGCCGCCUGGUACCCCUGGGAAAAUCGAGUCCCUUCGAUGUAUCGUGCAUUUUACUCAGUGGUUUGACGAGACCAAAUGGAAAAGCUUGACACCGGAGAUUGGCUGUAAAGGAAGCUCGUUCUUACAGAAAUUCGCUUUGCAAAGAACAUCACCAAAUAUGAGAUAUAAAUAUACGUGCUGCCAUUUUCAAUAA